AUUCAAGUUUUGUCGGUUCGAGAAGAUUGUUGCAUUGUCGUGUUUUACGAUUUUUAAUUAUAUAUUUUAGCUGAAGUACAGCAAAUUUGAACAAUUCAUAAGUGAAAAAUUAUUAAAGACUCAAGGAAUUGUCAUCUGUUUAUAAAAAAACACAAUUUAAAAGGAUCAGAAAAAUACGUUAACAAGCAAAAGAAGUAAAGAUGACUGAGACAACAGAUACUGUUACAAACGCUCCAGCUACAACUGAAACAACAAAGGCAGCACCACCAGCAGUAGCAGAAGAGCCAGCAAAGCCAGCAGAAAAUGGACAUGGUGAUGGAGCUGAAGCUGAACCACAAACAAAUGGAAAUGGAACAACAGAAGAAGCAGCAAAGGAAGAAGAAAAAAAAGAAGAUCCACCAAAAGAGAUGCGCUCAAUUGUUUUGACAGGAUUCGGUGGCUACAAAGGUGUCAAAAUCUUAAAGAAGCCAGAACCAACCGCUCAAGCUGGUGAAGUUUUGAUUCGUGUUCGUGCAUGGUGA